GUAAAUUUUCAUGAAUAUCUCAGGUGAACAAGUCGUUCCGAAGCGAACGAUUCAGAGAGGAUGAUGUGUUGGUUUUUCUUCUACUGUGCCACUUUUUAUAGGUUUAUUAUUUCAAAGAACUGGGGAAAUCAGUAUGGAAGUUUGCAUCAAGAAGACCAAGCGAAUAGAAUAAACCAAAAAGGUGUGUGGGGGCUGUUUGUUUGUACAAGGAAGCUUACUCACCUUUGCCGACAAAUUGGACCAGUUCUUCAAGUACACAAAGUUGCACAAUGCCCUCUGCCACCAAUUCAUCUGACUUUGCUGCCUGUGAUGCUGCUGCUGCUGCCCUUCAGCCUUCCGAGACUGUUGGUACUAAUGACUUUCUGAUGCCCUGUUUUCACCUCUUAAACAUUUGAUUUUCUUGAACAGUUUGACCUUUCUUUCAAAAACUAAUCAAUAAAUGUAGAUUGCUUCUGUAUGACAUAGAACGCCAUGAAAAAAUCCAAGGUAAUUUUUUUUUUUUAGUUCGCUGAAAAAAUACUGUUCAUUUAUUUACGAUUAUAUUUUAUUGGCAUCACAGUCAGAAAGUUAUAAGUUGGGGGCAUCAGAAACAUGUGUUUUGUCUGAUGCAUCUUCACCAAAAAUCACGGUUCACUUGUCAAAACAUGUUUUUGAUGCCUUCCAAUUUAUGACAUUCGAACAAAGAUUUA